AUGGAUCUGAUGUCUGGCUCCGACCCUUACUGCGUGGUCUCUGUGCAAGGGCCCUGUGCCGUGGCGAAGCCUUGGAAAGGCGGCGGUCUUACAUCUUGCGUGGCGAACGAUCAGAAUCCGGUCUGGGAGGAAGCUUUCUUGCUGGAGGACUUGUACAGGGGCGAGGACAGCCUUCACCUGAGUGUUUGGAAUCGCGACUCUCUUUCCAGCGAUGAUCCUAUUGGCUGUUUGUCAGUGGGAGCAGAGCAUUUCUGGCAAGGGUUGAAUCUGGUACAGCAGCUUCAAUUCGAGAACCCGCCAAAGGAUGGAGAAUGUUGUGGCUGGCUUUAUGCUUCCAUCACGGCUUAUGCAAGUUUGGAGAAAGCAAAAGAGGCUGCGCAUAUCAUCCAAACAUCCAGAACGCCCAGAUCCAGAUCCCGCAUUACAUCCCUGUGGAGACAGACGAAGAGCCACAGCUCUAGCCAUGCGGGUGAAGAUGUUGGCACUGAUGCAGACGAGCCAACCGUCAUUCAGAGUUGCUUCCCUGCAAGCAAGCUGCGUUGUGCCUCUCGCGGCAUUCUGUCAGAAGAAAGGGAAGACAUGAAGGGAUACGCCUAUGCCACGGCGGUCAAUGGGGGGAGAGCAAAUCUCGCCUCCAAGAUGGUGACACACAGCUGGCGGAACAAGUUCAGUCACCUUCUGGCCGCAGUUCUCGCAGAUGCCUUGAAUGCAGACAAGUACGACGAGCUUGCACAGAGCCUCGCAAGUCGUCAGUUCUUGAAGCUGACAGAGGCCUUGCGCAAGAAAGGGCAGCUGGAUGUUCGCUACUGGAUCUGCGCUUUCUCAGUGAAUCAGCAUACAGGAAUCUGCGCAAGUCCGCCGCCCAGCGACUCCACAGGGUAUGCCAUAACCCCCUGCUGCUGCUCAACGGCGAAACAUUUUUCUGGGGAGCUUAGCGAGAUGAAUAAAUUCGACGACAUGAUGGCCUACCUCAAGGACACCUUGAGCGCAACAGGUAAGGCAAGAUUCGAGCAAGUGGUUGCUAUGGAGGCGGACUUCUCUCUCCUGACGCGUGUGUGGUGUUUGGCCGAGCUGGUGGAAGCACGUGAGAUACACUUACCACAGGCCAUCAAGAUCCACUCAGCAGCAGCUCGAGAUCUUUGCCUGGAUCGGUUGGCUCAGUUGGAUGUCCGCGACGCCGAGGCAUCCUUCCCUUCGGACAAGGAUUUCGUCCUUGGCAAGAUUCAUGACCCGGAGGCUUUCAACAAGGACUCAUGA